AUGUUCAAUAGCAAUUAUCACAGCAUUGUGCUUGGUGCUUUUUUGACGAUCAUCCUGUACGGCUCCUCUUAUUUUCUAUUUGUUGCUAACGGCGAUGUUUAUCAAGAAACACCUACAACUACGCUCAAAAACAUUGGCUGUGUAACUUGCACCACGAAUGCUGUUGGUUUUGUGCUGCUUCGCAUAACUCAGCGCUUAUCACGACAUCAUCUGAACGGACCGAAUCACACGCUCUCGCAAAGCUAUCAAUGUCGAGAGAACAUGUGUGUUGUGCAACUGAUUUCACCCGUUUAUAUCCUAUUGUUCAUCACAAGACUCUGUCAGUUCGGGUUUCGGAUUUACGUAUUUUACAUAGGGUUUAAACUGGGCGCAUUUACUAUGCGGUUGUUUGCUCACACAUACAAUUUGUCGUUGGCUUUGAGUGUGCUUCUCACACCUACUCUGCUCAUUCUUCUGCAGCCAAAGUUGGCUGGCAUCUUUAUCAAGAAAAAGGAGAGCCCGCGCCUGAACGAUGGUAAUCAAGCCAACGGAGCUGCUUACUUCGACGAACUUAGAAGAAUGUGGACUUGA